GUUCCUUUCGAGCUUUGUCUCUCUCUCGCUCGAAGAAGAUCCCGUCUCUUUUCAAAUCCUCUCUGUUCUCUGUUCUCUCUCUCUCUCUUCUUCUGCUCGCUCUCGCUCUCCGCGUGAUCAAUAAUGGGUCUGUGGGAAGCGUUUCUCAAUUGGCUUCGCAGCCUCUUCUUCAAGCAGGAAAUGGAGCUAUCCCUUAUAGGACUCCAGAAUGCUGGAAAGACUUCACUUGUUAAUGUUGUCGCUACUGGUGGAUACAGCGAGGACAUGAUUCCCACAGUGGGUUUUAACAUGAGGAAAGUUACCAAAGGAAAUGUUACAAUAAAGUUGUGGGAUCUUGGAGGUCAACCUAGGUUUCGCAGCAUGUGGGAGCGAUACUGUCGUGCUGUUUCUGCUAUCGUUUAUGUUGUAGAUGCUGCUGAUCCUGAUAAUCUGAGCAUUUCCAAAAGCGAGCUUCACGAUUUGCUAGGCAAACCUUCUCUAAAUGGUAUUCCUUUGCUAGUACUGGGGAACAAGAUUGACAAACCUGGAGCUCUCUCUAAACAAGCAUUGAUGGAUCAAAUGGGACUCAAGUCGAUUACAGACAGAGAAGUUUGCUGUUUCAUGAUAUCAUGCAAAAAUUCGACCAACAUCGACUCCGUCAUAGAUUGGCUUGUCAAGCAUUCAAAAUCGAAGAACUGAGAGGAGACUCCCCGUGAGUUGUGUUUUUCUGUGUGUAAUCUCUGAACAGUAACAUUCUGGAUUGUUGGUGUUGGUGAGAUUUUCUUUGCUAACUUGUUACCGAUUAUUUGAUUAACUUCUGAGCUACUGUGCAUUGUAUAUCAAACCCAUUUUACUGAUGAUAACUGGAGUAAAUCUUUGUUGCCCUGAA